GGCAACGGACGCUUCCUCAGAACUCAACUCAAGUGGAGUGACGAGCUCGAGAACGGAAACGGAAACGAAACCGAGGCGAGGCAAAGAAAGAGCGAACAAGCCUGUUGAAGGUGUUUGGCGGCGCGUUCGAACCGGAAGUUUCUACAUGUAAUCUUUCCCUUUCGGAGUAACGUUGAUCGCCAAGGAGAUGCCCAUUAUGGGCAAAUUGAAGCCUCUAGCUGUCAUUUGGCUGCUCCUGCUCAUCGCACAGACUCAGGCACUGAGAGAAAAUCCCCUUAAGGACCCACACAUCUGCGGACGUCCGCAAUGUGAUACUGAAAAAUCCAAGUUUAAUUACGACAGUAAUAAACUAUAUAAAUAUGAAUAUACGGUGGCUGUGCGCACAGAGUUCGCCGGAUCUGGCGACAACAGCUCCGACCUGCUGCUGAAGACCAACUUGGAGAUAUUUUUUCCGAAGCCCUGCGAGGGCUACUUAAGAAUCGGCGAUGCCAGACUGUUCGAUAAAUUGGACGAGGUCAGCGCCGACAGCAGUGAUUCCUCUGGUGAGAAACCCAAGGAAUACGACUACUAUGAUAGCCUGGACAACAAUGAGCCCGAGACGGAGAACUAUGAGAAUAUGCAUCCCAAAAGCUCACAACUGAGCGUGGAUCUUACUCAAAACCUACUGCGCUUCUCCUUCCAUGACGGUUUCAUCAGCGAAGUGUGUCCCCAGGAGCAAGAAACACCCUGGGUGCUCAAUAUCAAGAAGGGCAUCCUGUCGGCUUUCCAGAACACUAUGAUGCGUUUUGAUGUUGAUUCCAACACAACGGAAACGGAUGUGUCCGGUCAAUGUCAGGUGCAAUAUGCCCUGGAGGACACCGACAGUGUUUAUGUCAAGAUUCGAAAGACGAAGGACAUCAACACCUGCAGGCAGCGUUACGCCACCCAUUCGGUGCUGCAGACUACUCCUUACACAUUCCGCGAUGACAAGACCAUUUGGCCAAUCCUUAAAUCUCAGAGCUACUGCAAUCUGACCAUUGAUAACAAUGUCUACCGCGAGAUUAGUUGUCUGGAGACACAUCUGCUGGUGCCUUUCUCCAACGUUAGUUCGGGUGCCCUAACUACCAGUAGCAGUAGCUUAAAGCUUAAGGGAGAGGAUAAUUACAGUGUUGGCGAGUUCUUAGAACAAAAUCCUGAGUUGGUAGACCAACGAGCCACCCUCAUCUUCGAUCAUACUCCAGCGGUGAAGCCCUCGCACGAUGAAAUUAAGGCUGCUCGAGAGCUUUUGGUGCAGAUGUGCGCUGUUGGCUUCCCAAAUAUCCAGCGAGAGUUCAUCGAUGUCUUCACUAACUUCCUGCAGACCUCCAAGAGCCUCGACUACAAAACUCUAUCUGUGUUGCUCCAGCGGUCUGCCAGUACCUGUGAACAGGGCAAAAACCACGUCUUGGAAUCCUUACCCUACAUCCGUAGCACAGCCUCGUAUAAAGUAAUGCGGGAUCAGAUCGUCAACGAAAAGGUAUCUAAGGAUAUGGCUCACAGCUGGAUGACUACCAUGUCGUUUAUUACACGUCCCGAUGAAGAGACCCUGGAAACCUUCUUCUCGAUCCUCGAAUACGCCAAGAACAGACUCGACCCUGAGUACACGUUGGGAGCCACUGCUGUGGUGCACAGCUUUUGCAGACACACCGAAGUCUGCGAGGAGAACCUCCGAGUGCAACAGAUCAUCAAUCUUUUGGAAACUGAAUUCCUAAGUUUGUACAACAACUUCAAGGGAGAACGUCGCACCCGCGAGCGUAUGGUGAUUUUGCUCAAAGGAUUAGGUAACAUUGGAGUGGUGUCGGAUGCUUUUGCAGAACAACUACAAUGGAUUAUUCGGGAGGACGAAAUCUCGAUCGAUAUUCGACUACAAGGUAUUUUAGCUUUCCGACGGGUGGACUGUCUACGAUACCGAAACUUCUUCCUGGAGAGCUAUUCGAACUACACUCUGAAUUCGGAGCUACGUAUAUACAGUUACUUGCAGGCGAUGAGGUGUCCUGAUUAUAUAUCUAUUGGUACCAUAAAAUCGGUGCUGGAACAUGAGCAAAUCAAUCAAGUUGGAUCAUUCGUAUGGUCGCAUCUCACUAACCUGGCAAAGUCUAAUUCCCCUGUACGUAUUGAGGCUCAGGGUUUGCUACUAAAUGAUGAGCUGUCGGAACGCUUCAAAAUGGAUAUUCGCAAGUUCUCGAGGAACUAUGAGCACAGUUUGUUCUUCGACGAGUAUAAUUUCGGCACCACCACUGAUGCGAAUGUCAUCUUUGGCACGGACUCCUACUUGCCUCGAAUUGCCAGUCUUAACUUCACAUCCGAUCUCUUUGGUCAGUCAGUGAACUUCUUUGAGCUCACGGCCCGCGCUGAAGGACUGGAGGAAUUGGCAGCUAAUGCCUUUAGCCCCAAGGGUCCUUUGAGCGGCGAGCUGCUGCGCAAGAAGCUCUCCUUCCUCAACCGUUGGCUGGGUAACGAAAGUGCCGAGGAAGAUGAUACCCUUGAAAACCUUCUAAGUCUAGAUAAUCUGCGACUUAAGAGGAAAGCCCAGCAAUCUGUUCAAGCCCAUGAGGAGGUGGAGGACGAGGAUUACGACUUCGAGGAGUCUUUAGAAGGAACUAAGCGUCAUAAGCGGGAUGUCAGUUCUGACCGCAAACAGGAGAUUGAACGCAGCGUGGACAGUCUUGGUUACAAACUUAAGUACGACUACAAUAAUCCACGGGCACAGUUUGGACUACGGAUCUUUGGCAACGAUCUACGCUAUUACAAUGUAGAGUCUAUGUUGGAGGUUAUGGGCUUGGCCGCCAAAUACAAUCCGUUCCAGCAAGCUAAGAACGUGCUCUCCGGCAAAGAGUUCAAGCAUACAAAGUCGCAAGUCUUUCUGGAUGCGUCUUAUACUGUGCCUCUGGCAGUCGGACUUCCAUUAGCGAUUCAUGCCUUUGGAGCUUCUUCAGUGGAUCUUCGUAUCAGUGGAAACCUCGAUGAGAUGGAUCCGCCCACCGAUUGGCACUUUGAUGUCCAAGGAAGGUUCAAGCCGUCGGUGUCCGUAGAUGUGAUCACCACAAUGCAAACGGACAUGUUUUGGGAUCAAUCGGGCAUCAAGGUCAAGAGCAAUCUGUACUCGAACUCGGAGUUAGUAGCCAAACUUAAGGUGCGUGGACGCAAUCUGGUCUCCUUCUCCUUCGAUCUUCCCCAGGAUCAGAAUGAGAUUUUCAGUGUCCGAUCUGAGCUGUUGGUAAAAAAGCGAGACGAGGAGCUCCCCCAGGCGGGUAUUGCCAAACGGAGUGCGAACUCCACCUGCACGUGGCCCGUUCUCGAUCAGGCUAUUGGACUGCAGAUGUGUUCCCACUACAGUGUCCCCGAUCUGAGUAAUUCCACCGAAAUUUACCCAAGCCUUUUGCUAGCAGGGCCUCUGAACUUUAGCUUGAUCCUUAAGAAAUCCGAUUUAACUGCCAAGAAGUACGUGUUUGAGUACAAGUGGGAUCAGCAGGAUGAAGACAACAACUUCUCGUUGGUGUUUACCACGCCAGGCUCAAAGGUUCCGCGAGUUCUGGUUGCAAAUGUGACUAAGGUGCCCGAUGCCUUUAAUGCAUCCGUGGCUUUUGCUAAUGGACCUAACCGCGUAUCCGCUGGAUGCAGUUUUGACGGAAACCCAGAUUUCCGACGCUUGGAUGUUUAUCUAGAUACGAAUGGCAAUCGAUCCCUAGACCUUGGCAUGGAACUGCGAAGACAUCAGGACUUUACUGCCUGGAUAUACAAUCCUCGCAUGCUGCUAGCCAUUAAUGGUGUCAACAUAACCGGACUGGCAGGUACUGUGAAGGUAAACGAAAAGAACGGCAUCAAGCAACACGACGUGGAUCUCUCCUUUGAGACUAAGAAGUUGCAGGCUGUGAUUAAGGGCAACGUUGUACAGAGUGAGAUAACCACCUCUACCAACAUGACCAUCAAGUACAGGUUCCAAGCAAAUAAGAUCGAGGAGAUCAACUUUGCCGGAAAGCUUGUAAAUAAUGGCGAUAAAACGAAGACUGAGUAUCGGGGUAACAUGAAACUCCAGACAUCUGCAUAUCCCAAGCUAAACUUUGCAUCGGAUGCAACUUGGCUCAGUCUACAGGGCCACACAGAAGGCAUGAUCACUUACAACAAUGCCCCCGAUUACGUUAAUCCCAAUUAUACGAGUCUGCUUCGCUUGGUCUUUGCUCGAUCCCAUUCGGAGGACACUAUCUUGGAGGGCUCUCGGACAAGAGCCAGUCUUGAACUGAAGCUGCCAAGAUCAAAGAUUGACUACCGCAAUAUUAAAAGGCAUGAAGAACGCAGCAAGAAUGGAACUGAGCACAAUGUGAUUGUGGGACUGAAGUACGCUCCUGAGAAGGAGAUCACCGGCCUGUUUUCCGUGCAUUUGCCGAGGAGGAAUCUGUUUGCCAUUGACGCCUACAUGAACGUGACUGUUCCAGAGUUCAACUCGUGUACUGGCAGCCUAAAAAUAAACGAGAAGGCCACUAAGGAUUACAUCAUCUUCAUCAAUGGUUCCUGGUUUACUGGUCACUCAGUCGCGAUCAAGGCUAACUACAAGGACCGCAGCUCCCGAGUUCAGGCCCUACACCACCUUAAGAUGAUUGUGGAAAGUCCGUCUUUCAAUACAACCUCCCUCAAUAUUGUGUAUCGUCGAAAUCAGUUACUGAUCUUCUAUGAUCUUCAGGCCAAGUAUGGCAAGGAUCCCUAUGGCGUGACAAUACAAUAUGCAGCCAAUGCCCACAAUCGAAACUCCAAUGCGGAGGUGAGAUUCAAGGUCAAGGAACGUGAUUACUGGCUCAACGCCAAAUUGUUGUCAGAGCAGCCGAAGCUCCUCCAGCUAGAACUUCACAUAGAUAAAAUCCGUGAUGUCCAUAUUAAAGUUGGUCUGCUGAAUGUGGAUAGGCGUAAGGAGCUCUCACUAGAACUCAAGUGGGAUGCUAAUCGCGAUCCCAGCCAGCGAUUGGGUCUGCUUGCGGAAUACAAUAGACCUGGAUCAAAGGAGUAUGAUGGAAAUUUGAUGAUCACCUAUCCGGAGCGCACUAUCAACUUUGGCUUUAAGUCUUACACCGGAGGACCGAAAUACUUUGGCAAGGCUCACGCCUCCUGGAGCAUCACCGAGGUGAUCGAAUUCGAUUAUGAUGCGGGCAUUCUUCCCGGACAAUCGCUCCACAACUGGGUAAAUGCUGAGCUGCGGACUCCUUUUGAUGGCUGGCGCACCAACAGCCUUCAUGCCGAAAUCUAUAACCUGAACAACUUGAUCCUAGUAAACUCGUCGCUCUUCUGGGCAGAUGAUCAGAAGCUGCAGGUGGGCUACAGGAGCGACUACGACAUCAAUGAUCAGUUGACCAGCUAUGAUGUUCGCUUCGGUAUCAACAGUACAAUCAAGGAUAUACCUACGAUCAAUGUAAAGGUUGUGCAUUGGCAAAAUGACAAGAAGGUGGACACGGAGCUAUAUCUGGGAUACAGUGGACAGAACGAUACCUUCAACACUUAUAGCAUAGACUCCAGUUGGGAAAUUGAGAAGAAUCAGCGUUACCACAAUGUUUCCGGCUUAGUGCACUUGGUUAGUCCUUUCAAGGGCUACGAGAAGGGCGGUUUGGUAGCCCAAUUCUCACUGGGCGAUCAAAAGAAGGUCAGCGGAGCAGCUUCUCUUAACUUUGAUAUCCGAGAAUUCACUUUGACCAUGGACGGUUAUGUCAAGAAGCUUACGGAUAAUAUGCUAACUAUUAACAUUACUACUCCACUGGAGAAAUUCCGAACUAUCAACGCUCGCUUUGGGCUAAACGAGAAGAAACGUCAUGCGGUGGCUGAGGUCAGAUCUCCUACGGCAGCUCUCGGAGUGGAGGCUUUGGCUGACGUUAAGAAUCUUUUAAACUUCGACGUCAAGUUUAGCUUGGCCACGCCCAUCGAGAGCUUCCAACAGGCGGCCAUAUUCGCGCUAUUCAAUCCCGAGCGUGUGGACAUGCGCGGUUUGUGGAAUAAUGUAACAUUGGGCUUUACGGGUGUUUGGCACAUGCAAAAUAUAACCGACUUUGAGUACUCCUAUGUCGUGUUCACCCCACUCGCUGGCUUCGAGAAGAACGGAUUCAUUGUCCAACUGCUGAAGAGGGAUGAGUUCGUCUUCCAGUUACACGGAAAGCUUUCCAACUAUAAACUGGGUGUCAUGAUCAAUGGAAAACCAAAGUCGGACUUGGUCAAUAAGCUGGGCAGCAACAAAAUGGCAUUGGAGAUGCUGUACGAUGAAGACUUUAAGCCACUGAAUGUUGCAACGGAUUAUAAACCAGAUCCAGAUGAGGAGUACUUCUCAUAUUUCACGGACUUCGAGAUCGAUACUCUUGUAUGGCCCACUAUUGUUGGUAAUGUGGACAUUCAGGAAAUCAUUGACUUCUACCUGGUUGUGGGUCAUAUGGAGUUGCCACAAGGAAAUGUGGAGUUCAAGGAUCGCCUACACUUCCCGGACUACAUUAAUGUACACAAUCUUUUGACCGUGUCAACACCGUUUGCUGUGGCUAAGGACAUAAAGUCGAUUGUAGAGUACCACAUCGAUCUGCAUUUCAAUUCAUUCUAUGAACGCAUCAAGUUUACAGUCAACGAUGCUAAGGAUCAGAAGAAGGAACUGGGUUUUGAAUUUAACUACACCACACUGCAGGACAAUGUGAAACCCAAGGCACAUGAUGUCCAGCUUAAGCUAAUCACACCCUACGAAUUGCUCAAUCAAAUUGACAUUCAUGGACGUUUAGAAGUGGACGAAAAUGCCUAUAAGGGCAAUAUCAGCGCGCUUACAGCCCAUACAUAUAUAUCUAUGGCGGCCUCCGUAGAGAACGAAGAUAACUUCUUGGAAACAUCAGUGGGUAUUCUGCUGGAAACGGACGUUAUUCCUCAUUAUGCCUGCCUGGUGUACUUUAAGAAAGACUCCUCAGCUGUGGAUAACGUCAUAGAUAUUCGCUUCGAGGUCACCGACAAUGGAACACUUAACCAGCUUCAAAUUUCUACAGACUGGCAUACCGAUCAAGCAUACAUUGUCAAUGCCAAUGGUAAGAUACGAACUACAAUGCUGCCCCUCCAGUUGGCGUCCACCUCCAUCCUGGUCACUCAGAGUCAAAAUCCUCAGCUGAACUUUGAUCUUAGCUUCCUGAGUCAAGAUGGCCAGAGCAUAUCUUACGGAACGCGUGCUAACAAAAAGAAAGAAGUCUUCAACAUUGAGGUGUGGACUCCACUGAAAAACUUCCGAAAUAUUUCCAUGCAUGGAACAGUGGUUAAGAACCCACGUGACCCUGAACGCUAUGAUGUUUCAGGGUUCCUGUACAGGAAUAUGGCUACAUAUGGCGUUGCAGGAGUUAUUCGCAUGUCCAAUAGACUGCCCAUUGAUGCCACUUUAAGGGUACAGCCUAAGGCUGGAGGGCGAGAUGGUGUAAUUGAGUUGAACAUCCAUGAGAAGGGACCAAAGAAGAUUGGCUUUUCCUUUAGUGCUAUUGAGGAUGGAAAAAUGUGCCAGAUCUCAGGAGGUUUUAGUGCCAGCGAAAGCAAUGGAGCUAUGGACUUCUCAAUUCUUGUGGAAAGUACGGAGCCAGAAAUUGCCCGCAUCAACUUCAAUGGUAACCUGAAGCCGAGCUCGAAGGGCUCCUAUGUGGGUGACCUGAGCUUGGAAACUCCUUGGAAGAAUCUUGGCAUCGAUUCGGUGCAUCUACACUCGGAUGUGGACAUUGACAGUAAAGCAGGCAAUAUGGUUGGCGAGUAUAAGAUCGGUCAGUACAUUGGACGCGGUAGUUGCAUGUGGUCUUGGAUUCUUGGCGAAAAUCUACAGCUGGUGCUAGAGAGCUACAUAGAGAGACCAAGCUCUAGGCCAAGAAUCGUCCAUGCCAGUGCCAAGUAUUUCAAUCCGGGACAAAACUUUACUCAGCUGCAGACGAGUGGUCGCCUGAGUGUGGACUCUAAAUGGAACCUUGAUGUAAAUGGCAGUGCGCAAUACAAAUCUGUUGAUGAUUUCAACUUUAAGGUGAUCACCGAGUUGCCCUUACCUGUUGGAGAUCGCCAUCAGCUGAGUGCCAACUACCAAGGAAACGUGAUUAGCAAGCAGUUUAUCAACCCUGACUUUGUUCUCGAGACCAGCUACCAGGGCUUGGAGGCUGAAAACAAGCUUCUAUCUCGUUUUUCCUACCGAAAUGUUACCAAUAACCUGAAGGGCUUGGGCCACUUCGAAUGGGGAAAACUAAAGAGUCUAUCUGUGGUGGAGGGAGAUUUCGAGUUACUAAAGAAGUCAGGAGCCCGCCGAGAGUUCUUUGCGAAGAUGAUCACCCCAAAGUUCAAAGAUGAGCACACAUUCGCCGUUUCUGGACAUUAUGAUAAGGAAAAUACGGACUACCACAAGGUGGUGUGUGCCUUGGACUAUCCUGCCAGUCGUCGCAUAACCGAUCUGGAUGUAUCUUUCAAUUCGCUGAGCAACAUGCAUGGAGUCUUCAACAGUUCAUUACCAUCCUUCCUCAAUGUUAGUUGGUUCAAGACUGACUUUGAGUUCACCACCAAAAAUGGAAAGAGCUAUCGCUACUGCCGCUGCUUUUGGCCUGAGGAUUCCGCCUACUUCAAGUUGAACAGCAACUACGAGAGCGACGCCAACAAUGUUAACCACAACCUAAAUGGCAAUGUGGAGAUAGAAGUUCCCUUGACCACUCGUCAUCGGGCGGAUAUGGUUUAUAGCCUGCAGAAGCGACGCAAUCAGGAUGCUGGAAAUGUCAAGGUCGUGUACAAUGAGAAGCAGGUUCUUGAUGGCAAGUAUAAGCGAGUAGAGCAGCAGAAACAUCCGAUAUACAAGGAAACCACGGACAUUACGCUGGAAAACGAGGUAAAACCUCUUGGAAUUCAUUAUGUUAGCACCAGAGAUUCCAGUGAUCCGGCGGGUACCCAGGACGUGAAACACUUUGAGGUUUACGAGCUGAGAAACACAAAGAACUUCAACUUGACCGCAGAGCUACAUUCAAGGGCCACUGUCAAUGCCCAGGACUUUAAGGUGGUAGCUAUUCAUCCAAACCGUGCCGUGGUGCUGAGCACCAAAUAUGAGGACGUCAGCCCCGAAGUGGUGAGGCAGCACACCAAGUUGGAGUUAUCGGAGACAGCCUGGAUUGGAUACAAUCUAGAGUUGGGUAACUUCAGCAGGGUUGGCAACGAAUCUCAGAGCUUCGCCUUGGAAAUUUUCUAUCCAAAACGCAAUCUCUCCUCAUCAGGCCAGUACUACAUGACGGACAGCGACUUCAACUCUGACCUGACCUUCCAAUGGUUGGGAGGAAACUACGACCAACAGCCAAAGACUAUACACAGCAAUCUGCAAUGGAAGGCGGAACCUUUGAGACGUGGAGAUCGAGAGCAUCGUACUAUUGCCCUGACAGUGGCACAUCCUCUCCUGGAAAAGGACAUUAACUGCAAGGCGACCUACUAUCGUGGGCUGCGGGAUUUGUUAAGGACACACGUGACCAUCGACUAUUCGCAAUAUCCUGAGCAACUAAUUGAGCUGGGUGCUCUGUUGACUGAUAGGUACAAUGAACUGGGACAUACCAACUACACCUUCCAAGUGUAUGGAAAACAUCAGGCUUCUGAGCUAGAUGUACAGUUGAAUGGCACCCUGGCGGCCAAGAACUCAUACUAUAAGACGGAGUCCACAGCACACUAUAAACGUGAUAUAUUCCCUGCCAGAUACGGCAAGUUCCUGGCCCUGCUCGAUGUCAAUAAGCGGGAAGUGGAGUACGAACGUCAGUCGCCAUUCCACACGGUGCGACUUCACCUUCUGCCUACUAUCCAGUAUCCGAUUUACGGAUUAAACGCCACAAUUUGGGAUACUCCUGACACCAACCACUCGGGUUACAUAUACGCAGAUCUUCUAGAGCGGUAUGCUCGCAUGGAUUUCAAUUUGACCGAGGACUCUAGUCAGAAUUUGCAAAUGGUGGGAUAUAUCCCGGAUUCACGAAGUGCAUUCCUGGAUAUCUGGCGAAACUACGAGGAGAUCCGUGUGAUCGACGUUAGUUCAUAUCUGAAGAUGAAUCAUUCUCGGCUUAUUACUGGUCGCUUCCACUGGCGUCCAUCCAUCCGGCAAGAAGUUCGCGAGAAGAUCCAAUCCGUGGGUAAAUCAGUCUACAGCUCCUUCUCGGAGGGAAUUGACUUUUGGAUCAAGUCUAUCUACACGGAAACCACAGAAUCAAUGGGUGUUGUAUGGAGCACAGCCAAGGAGUACAAUAGAGAUUUCAUUGAUGACAUUGGCCAGCUUAGCGUGCUAGAGGAAGACCUCGCUGAUUUAAGAUUGUUUGUUAAUCAAUCUUAUGAGGCCAAUGACUUCUACAUUAAGAACGUGGUUAAUUUCACUUUAACUAUCCUGGAUGAGCUUGCCAUUAGGGAUCACAUCGAGUCUCUGCCCAAGAUAUUCUCAGAACUGUGGCAGGCAAUGGGAGAUUCCGGAAAAGCUCUCCGCAACAGCAUCGUGUGGCUGAUUGAUACUGUAAAGACCACAUAUAACAACCUGCUUGAUGCAGUGGCACGAUUUUUCCAUGGUGAAAGUCUUGCCUAUAUAUCUGGUCUACUGGAGAAGGGCAUUGCGAAAUAUGAUAGCUUUGUCAAGGAUUUACACAUUAAGUUUAUCAAGUACAUUGAAAACCUGUGGCACAAGACCUGGUCUUUGGCAGAAAAUCAGUGGAAGGCAGUCCUGAAGCGAUUUGAGCCUCAUCUCUUCAAAAUGAUUAGCUUCAUAGAGACAACAGCCUGGAAUCUCAGCAAGGAAGUAUUUGAUUUCAUAUACAAGCGAACCAAUGAACUGGCGGAAUCUCCGUACUUCAACAAGGUCUCUAGUUUUACGGCUGAUGCGGAGCGUCUUUACCGGGACUUCAAGGCCAACGAUGCGAUUACCAACAUUAAGAAGUAUUCUACACUCGCCUGGAAUUUCAUUAAGGAAAAGUACUUUAAACUGGUACCCUUCGGUGCAGAAUUGAAUGAAGUUCUUACCGAAAUAUUGGAGGAAAUUAAGCAGCUUGAGAAAAUCGAUCAAGUUCAGAUAAUGGUUCAGAAAUACUAUGAAAUUGUGGCGAAGGUUGAUUGGGUGGCAGACGAACUGCAGCUAGAGCAUCGCCUACAUCAGGUUUACGGACUACUGAGGAACAAGUUCCGCAACUAUGCCAUGAAUGCCUUGGAAACAGCCGACAUGUACAGGGAGGCCAAGACCAAGUUUGUUUUUGAUCCGGAGGUGGGUAUUAUCGACCUUGAACAGAAGUUACCCAUGUCCUGGCACGCAUUCAACGAGACGCCCAAGUUCGAGGAGAUUCCCGAGUACCAGGUGCUGGCCAAGGCCCAGAGUUUCUUUAGUGAAACCAACUCUUCGAUCGUCAUGAAGCUUUACAAUAUGCGUACUCAUCUGGAUCCGAAGACCUGGCUACCUCCGUACUACUCUCGCGCCUUGCUCAUCGACUCCCGGCAUUACAUGACCUUUGAUCAGCGCUACGUGGGCUUGAACCUCAACUUUGACGAGUUCGGAAAUGGAAGACCUAAUUCCCAGUGCAGCUAUCUGCUGGCCCACGAUUUCUUCAAACGAAACUUUACUUUACUUUUGGAGCCAGCGAGCAAAUCCCUGGCUGGCCAAGGACUAACCCGAAAGCUGAGCUUCAUUGCCAAUAAUCAGCUAAUUGAAAUCGACUUAGGAACAGAUCAUAUAACCAUCAAUGGCAAUCCGCAACCCAUUCUGCCUCUCAAACUGGGAGCUGUGAAUAUCCACCGUGACUUGGAUGUACUCUCCAUCACCUCUGACACCGAGUUCAGCUUGCACUGCAAUGUGCAGUUUGAUCUUUGUUGGUUCGAGGUGAGUGGAUGGUACUUUGCCAGAACAGCAGGAUUGCUGGGAACCCUGAACAACGAACCAUCCGACGAGUACACCAUGUCUAACAGCGUAAUCUCUAAUGAGACACAGCAAUUUACGGAUUCAUGGAGCCUGAAGCAGUGCAAGCAAACUAAGUUGGCCCAGACUAAACCGAUAAGCAAGGAAGUCAGUGAUACUUGCACCAGCUUCUUCCGAACUGGCAUUCUGGCUCCCUGCAGUGCCGUGCUUGAUCCCAAUCCCUUCUAUGAAAUGUGUCUGGAUUUGGGCAUGAAAUCGCCACCAAUUCGAAAGGGACAUCCGGCUGUCAAGGGAGCUUGUGCAGCAGCAUUGGCUUACAUCGAAGCCUGUACAGCUUUAAAGGUUCCCAUGCGGGUGCCGUCUCAGUGUGUCUUCUGCGAAAUAUCGAAUGGUUCCUAUGUACCAGAGGGCACCUUUUUGGAGCUUUCAGGCCCUGAGAUUCCACGAAGCAGCGAUGUGGUCUUUAUAGUAGAAGCCAAGGAUUGCAAUGCCAAUCUCAUCACCUCCAAAAGCAUCAUGACAGUGGUCAGCAGCAUUGAAGAACAGCUGCAAGCUGCUAAGCUGACCAAUAAUCGUUAUGCUGUUGUGGCCUUUGGAGGAGUUUCGCCAUACGACAAACCUAGGAGUGUUAUUUACGAACACAAUGAAUUCACCUCCAAGCCGGAUCAGCUAGCGAACUAUUUUGGCCACAUCAGUACCGGAAAUGGUAGCAGCAACGAUAUCCUAAUGGCCAUUUCCGCUGCUGCCAAACUGAACUUCCGUCCGGGAGUUUCAAAGACCUUUAUUCUCCUAUCCUGCAGCAAGUGUGCAGCCAAGGAUAUGCGUUUCGACUACACCUCUAUCCUGCAAUACAUGUUGGAGGAGGGCAUCAAUCUUCACGUCCUGGCAGAUACAGAAUUCGAUUUUGAGCGAAACAAAAAGCUGCGUCACUUCUUCGGUUUGGACAGUAAGCUGGUUUACUCGAAGCGUUUCCCAGAGGGAGAUGCAGAUACCCGCAAUACCACCCACAUCCCGAAGAGCAAUUUGGGAAUCUGCACAACGCUUGCAGUGGAGACACAGGGAUCUGUGUUCAGUGCCCGCAAGCUGCAGCCGGAGCGAAAGUAUCCCAUCAAGCGAUUUGCCACCAUUUUCGCUAAACGAGUCGCCUCCAGCGCCACGCCCAUCCAUAGUCAGACCUGCGAGUGCUCCGCCCACAAUACGGGAGUCUCGUACAUGGCCUGCUCACCUCAGGCUCUGCCAGAGGAGAAGUACGAUCUGGAUGACUAUGACUCCUUCAACAACUGGGACUGGGGAGAUGAACCGGAGGGUGACGCCAAUGUAAUGUCAUAGUUCUUAGUGCUCCGCAAUUAGUUAGCUAGUUCAGUUAUGUCCCUGCAGAAUGUAAGGUUUUUCUAAUGCAUAACCGACAGGCAUAUUUUGUAAAAAUAAAUCAACAUAUAAAGCCAAA